UGAUAAUAUAUUGGAAUCCAUUUUGCUGCAGAACUGCUACAGUUUUGAGUUGAUGAAUGUGGGAACUGAAUAGCAGGUUCACAUAUCCCAGAAUAUGCUAUUAUUCCUGUUUGGAAAGGGUUAAUGCAGACAGUUAUUAGGGACACAGGGAAAUCCAUUUAAACUGUGUGUCAAUUAACAGGAUCAGGAUGUAAUCUUCUGCCUCAGCACAAGAAGGAUUUUGUCAAGGACGCUCAUUUCUUGCUGGUGGAGUGCUUGCCUGAGCGGGCUCUGGAUCGGAAGCAGAAGUAACUCGCUUGUUAAGAACAACAGGACCCACAAUGUUUAGCUGGAUUGAGAAAGUUAUCCCCCAGCCUCCUGACACACCAAGAAGAACAUCUGCUGAGGCCCAAGGGGGCUGCCAAGCUUCUGAAAGCACCCAGCAGAAGUGUGAUGAGAAGGAAACAUGUGUGAAAAAGGAGGCUGACAACCCUCCAGAUGUAGUAAAAACUCAAGAAGAGGAGCAAGAGUCUGACAAAGGGGCCGCAGGAGUACUCACUUGGCUGUCACAGGGUUUAGGAAGAGUAAUCCCGCAACCUGUUGAGAGCCCAACACUUUCUCGUGCAAACAAGGAAAGUACAGUGCCAGCAGUGGUGGAGCAGAAAGAGGUACCUGCGAGUGAGACAGUGGAAAAACCAACAGAGAUCAAUCCUACAGACCACAUGGAAAGUACACCAGCAGGGGUCCUCUCCUGGUUGUCUCAGGGCUUGGAAAAAGUGGUUCCUCAACCUUCAAGAACACUAAAGUCAGGGACCAGUGGAGGAUCGGAGGGUGGUGCAGUUACUGUAGAACUGCCACCACCAAGGGAAGAAAAAAGCAUAGUCAUAGAAGAGCCAAAGAUUUCUCCUCCAACACCAGUACAUACUCCUGCCUCAGUUCCAGUGCCAGAGUCCCAACCCACCAUUAUUGAGGUGCAGCCAGCAACCAGCUCAGAACCAGAGGUCACAGCAACAGACAAAGGGUCAGGGGCUGGAGUUCUGGGGUGGCUCAUGCAGGGCCUAGGGAAAGUCGUACCGCAGCCAGAGAAUGUCGCUCCACUCGCUACUAAAGUAGAGGAAGAGAAACCCAAGGAGGAAGAAGAGGAGAAGCCAGUGCCAUUGCCCCAGAAAGAAUCCAAGAGAAGCAGUGACACAGGGGUUUUCAGCUGGAUCACCCAAGGUAUAGAGAAGGUCAUUCCCCAGCCAUCAGUCAUAGCAAAGCAGGAUUCUCAGACCAUCACCCUUUGCCCAGUGGAGGAAAUUUGUAUUCUGCCUACCAGCCCUGAGGAUAAUCUGCUUGUGGAAGACUUAGAAACUGUGAAUAGCCAUGCAGAUGAAACAGAAGAACAGUGCUUAGCCCAAGCCCCAGCACCAAUAGAUACUGAAGAAGGGAGAGCUCCAACCAAUGGCCUAGAAGAAAUGUGCAGAAGUACCAGCAAACCAGAGUGUAGAGAAGAUGAUUUGAAAACCACAGACAAGAUCCAAACCUUUAGUGAAGAAAGUCAGAUUUACAAAGAUUCUGUUCAGGCAUGCAUUGCAGAGGGUGCAAAAAUGGAACUAUUAAUUAUGUCUGAAAAUAAUGAAACUGAUCCUGUUACUGGAGAAAGUCCAGUUAAGCUUUUAGAGGAUGGGACGUCUCUGGAUACUGAGUUACAAGCAGCAGAAGGAAAAUUACAAGUAAAUGAAAAAGUGACACAAAAUGGACAGGAUAAGGUAUAUAUGAGAGGAACAAACCAGGAACUUGCUGAAAAAGGAUGCCAGCAAACUAAAGAAACACACACACAGUCUGAGAAGAACGGACAUCUUGACAUAGGCCAAUGUUUAAACAAGAAGCAGGAUCAAUGUGUAGAAGGAUGGGAAAACCAGGAUAAAGAAAAUGAAACGAAGGAGGCAAAAAUUGGCAGCAAAAAUGCAAGAGAUGUAAAAACUGAUAAUGAAGAUGGCCACUGGCAAGAUAAAGCUAAAGGAAAAGUUGCACAUAACAGACUUAGUCUGGAAGAAACUAUAAUUAUCAAACAAACACAACAAAUGAUUAUUAAGAGCCAGUCACUAGAACUAACACAAAUACAACCAUCUGAAGAACAACAAAAUAAACCAGACACGGUUGCAGAUAUGGCAGAUACAAAGGAGAGAGCACAAGAGCUUAAAAAGACCCAAUGUUUGAAUGAAAGAGAUCCUCAGCCUGAAGUGGAGACUGAAUCUAGAAUGGAGUUACAACGCCAGUUAACAGAAGACAUGUCUUUUCAAUUUUAUGGGUGUGAAGACAUUCAGCAAGCUCUUUGGGAUGAACAAAAUCAGCAAGAGGACAUUAAAAAACAGAGCUUCUGUGAAAUUCAAUCAGAAAAAGAGUUAAAGGAAGCCCAAUAUGAUAUAGACAAAAUGCCUACAGCCGAGGAAGACUUGCACAAAACUGCAGAAGAAACAGACCCAAGGGAGAAAAUAAAUGGACAACUAAUGAAGGAUACAAUACUGAGCAGGGAAAACAUUGAACAUAAUGAUUCAGGAGACAGAUUUGAUGAAAAAAUAAAAAAGAUAGACAUUGACAUUCAACCCAUAGAAAAGGAACAGAGACAGCUAAGCAUAGACAUGAAGACUGAUGCCCAACUUGAUGAGGAGAGACAUGUUCAGACUGAGGAGCGUCAUACACAAACUGAAGACCCAGUUUGUCAGACUGCAGAAGAGAGACAGUUAUCUUAUGAUGAGGAUCAGAUACAAACUGAGGAGAGAGAGACCCAAACUGAUGAAAGGUUCAGUCCACCAGUACAAAAAAAAUCUGAGCAUGAAAAUGUAAUUUCUCAACAUGCAGAGCUAGUGUAUCCCGAUAAAGACGCCCCUUAUAAAAAGAAUGAGUGCCAGGAAAUAUAUGAAGUGCCCCAGCAUAAUUUUAUAGAGUCUAAACAUGAAGCAUCAGAAUCUCAGCUUACUGAGCAACAGUCUCAGGAUCAAGAGUUCCAAAAUGAUAAGAAAGAGGCUCAACUUGAAGAAGUGAAUCAGAAUUUAGAAAGAGCAAUGCAGAAUGAGAAGAAAAUGUGCCUUAGUGAGAAGACAGAAAACCAAACCGAGGAAGAGGAUAAAAGCAAUGAAGAAAAGAAAUAUAUUCAGUCUGAAGAGGAGAAAAAUAUUGAAAAAGAAAUAUUUCCGAAACCAGGAGAGCAGUCAGUCACUGAACAUGUUAAUCAAACAGAUGAAGAGAGAACAGUUCAGUCCUCAGUGGAAAUACAAAUCCAUUACUCACAGAAAAGAGAUUCCCUUGAACAGCAAAAGAUUCAAAUUGAAGAGGAAGUAAUGAAUGAAGUGCUGAGGAAAGACCAAAAUAUUAUUCCUGAGAUUGAUUCAAAUUAUGACAGAAAUCAUGAAAAAGAGGUUGCCUUGACUCCUGAAGCCAUAAGUUCUGAUCAAGUCAAGAAAGAAUUAGAAGACAAAGAUCUUGUCCCAGUGGAGGAAGCGUCACACAUAGAAACAGAAUGUUCCCAUGAAGUGAUGCAAUAUGGAGACCUAACAUGUGACUCUGCUCUAACCACCCUCCUAAAAUCCGAUGACCAAAAAGAAGAAAAAGGGGUAGAGAAGGAAGUGUUGGAAUCUGAAAAUGAGCGCCUCUCCUGGAUCACAGAAGAAGAUGAAGACGAGACUGAGCUCCAGGUAUCAUAUUAUCAAAGCGAAAGUGAAGAGGAAAUCAAGGUGUCACACGAGGUGAUUCUGGAGGCUCCACCUGAAUAUCUGGACACCUCAGUUGUUGUAGCUACACAAGCUGUGGAGGAGACCAAUUAUUUAAAGCAGUUCCCAGUGCAGAUAGCAGGCACUUUGUCAUUGCCAGAACCUGAUGGGGGUCCCUUUAUGCAUCCAGCAGUCAGUGUUGAAGAUGUGGACUCUGGUAGCAUUACGGAUGCUCUGGAACAUGAAGACUUUGUGAGGCCUCCUCCGUCACCAUGCAAACAUAGGACUCUUACAGUGCCUGUCACUUCUUUGCCUGCUAAAAGUAGGAAGAGGACACAAUCCCAGGAAGACAUCAUGGAGGAGAUGUCUGAUGCUGCACCAGAGGAUGAAGAGGUUAUGGAAAGAUCUGCUUCAGCAAUCAGUCACAGUAGCGCAAUAAUAACAGAGCGCCUGCAGGAACUGGUUCGCAUGUUUAAGGACCGGACAGAACGUGUGAAAGAGAAACUGAUUGAUCCAGAACUGUCUUCUGAAGAUGAAAGUCCAUCUGCUUCUCCAUCCAAAAAAAGUGCACCUCCCCCACCUCCUCCACCCCCACCAGCUGAAGAGAAGAAGGUAGAAGUUGAAGCCCAGGCAGAAGAGGAACAUUACUGUGAAAUGCUAUGUUGCAAGUUUAAGACCAGGCCGUGGCGUGACCGUCUCCUGAAACUCAAAUUUCCAUCCAGCAUUGACCCUCUGACUAAUGUUAUGUAUGUGUUGUGGCUAUUUUUUGUCGUAUUGGCGUGGAACUGGAACUGCUGGCUAAUCCCUGUGCGCUGGGCUUUCCCAUACCAAACUCCUAGCAACAUCCAUUACUGGCUGCUCAUGGAUUACCUGUGCGACCUUAUCUACCUACUAGACAUUACUGUGUUCCAGAGCAGGCUACAGUUUGUCCGAGGAGGCGACAUCAUUACAAAUAAGAAAGAUAUGCGUGAGCAUUACUUCAAGUCUGAACGGUUUAAGAUGGAUCUCAUUUCUCUCCUUCCAUUGGACCUUCUUUAUUUGAAAUUUGGCGUCAAGUCUUUAUUGAGAUUGCCACGUAUUUUAAAGUACAUGGCUUUCUUUGAAUUUAACAAUCGUCUAGAAGCAAUCCUGAGCAAAGCUUACAUCUACAGGGUGAUUCGAACCACUGCUUACCUUCUCUACUGCCUUCAUAUGAAUGCCUGUCUAUACUAUUGGGCCUCUGACUAUGAGGGUCUGAGCUCCACCCCAUGGGUCUUUGAUGGUGUAGGGAACAGUUAUAUCCGAUGCUACUACUGGGCUGUGAAGACCUUGAUAACCAUUGGAGGACUUCCUGACCCAGACACACUUUUUGAACUCUGGUUUCAGCUACUAAAUUACUUCAUGGGUGUGUUUGCCUUUUCCGUCAUGAUUGGUCAGAUGAGAGAUGUGGUUGGGGCAGCGACAGCAGGACAGACAUAUUACCGCAGCUGUAUGGACAGUACUAUUAAAUACAUGAACUGUUACAAAAUUCCUCGAAGUGUGCAAAACCGUGUCAAGAUGUGGUAUGAGUACACAUGGCAAUCCCAGGGCAUGCUUGAUGAAUCAGAACUCAUGGUUCAGCUUCCUGAUAAGAUGAGAUUGGACCUUGCUAUCGAUGUCAAUUACAGUAUUGUGAGCAAAGUAAUACUGUUUCAGGGGUGCGACAGGCAGAUGAUUUAUGAUAUGCUGAAGAGACUGCGCUCUGUGGUUUACUUACCAGGAGAUUAUGUCUGUAAAAAGGGGGAAAUUGGAAGGGAAAUGUAUAUUAUCAAAGCCGGACAAGUCCAGGUGCUAGGAGGACCUGAUGGCAAAACUGUACUUGUCUCUUUAAAAGCAGGGUCUGUGUUUGGAGAAAUCAGUCUUCUCGCUGUGGGAGGUGGAAACAGACGGACAGCAAAUGUAGUUGCUCACGGAUUUACCAACCUUUUCAUUUUGGAUAAAAAAGACCUAAAUGAAAUUUUACUUCAUUAUCCUGAAUCCCAGAAGCUGUUGCGCAAGAAAGCAAAAAAAAUGUUGAAGAACAGCAGCAAGCCAAAAGAUGAGCCUGGUCAAGAAAAAGGAUUUUUGCAUAUCAUCCCCCCAAGACCAGAGACCCCAAAACUCCUGAAGGCUGCGAUUGCCGCCACUGAAAAAAUGGGUUUUAAAGGAUUUUCCAAACUAAGGCGCCGAAUGAAAGUGAAGACAACUAUAGAGCCCACCACGAGCAGUCCUGUUCCCCCCGGCUCACCUGUGCACAGGCGAUCCCCAGUUCCCCAGAUCAAGCCUGAUGAUGACGACACUACUGAAAUUGUAUCUGAGUCUGCAGACAACACCGUGUUUAUACGGGUCAGCCCAUCACCGCGGGGUGAUGAACAGAUCCUUUCUGUGGAAGUGACAGCUCCAGAGGAUGAAACUAAAUAAAGAAAACAAAUGUUAAUAGGAAUGAACGUUAGCAAGUUGGGGUAGCUUUUCUGCACCACUAAAUACACUGCUGCUUACGAACGCAAGAUGUACUGUGGGUUACUCCAGAAUAACGGUGAUGCCUCUCUUUAGUCAGGCAAAAGCAUGUGUAUCACUCAGUGGAUCAAUUCAAGUCUUUAUGUGCAAAUACAAAAGUAAAGGAGACAGGCAUCCCUGUCCUUAAAGUGACAAGGACCUAUAGAAGGAAAACAUCUGCUGUACUAUAUCACUACAAGUAGAAAGAUUCAGCCACGCUUUGUUUAGUCAGCUGCUACUGGGUAAACAUAUUCUCUUUUAAGAGAGCUAUAAACAAGAAAGACUGAUCUUUAUUUGUAUUCACUAAGUUCUGUACUGAUUGGGAACAAUUAUGUGUUUGCUGACUAAUUUCCCACUUUCUCUUUGUCAUCAAGAAUGAGACAUUUUAGCCACUGAUUCUGUGUCUGGUUUUGUCUGAGUGUCUAUUUGAGCCUGUAGUAGCAGGUUUUCAUAUUAUUCUAACAGUUGUCAACCAUUGCCACCAUCUUUCAAUUCACAGAGCCUCAGGUUUCUAGAGUCUAUGCUAAAAUAAAAUUGUGGUUUUGA